AUGAAGGACAACCUAUCCUGCGUGACUGAGAUCAUAUUCUUAGGGUUCUCGGACUUCCAGGCUAUGCAAGCCCCGCUUUUUUUGUUAAUACUGAUAUUCUACUUGAUUGCAUUGAUUGGGAACAGCCUGAUUUUGAUCCUCACCUCUACUGAUCCGACCCUUCACACACCGAUGUAUUUCUUCCUCCGGACUUUGUCCAUUUUAGAACUAGGCUACACCUUUACCAUUAUCCCGAAGACACUGGAGCAUUUAUUGUCGGAGCGUCAAACGAUAUCCUUCGUGGGUUGUGGGAUCCAGAUGCACUUUUUCAUUCUUUUUGGCAUCACCGAGUGUUGCCUUCUCUCGGUCAUGGCGUACGACCGCUACAUCGCCAUAUGCAAGCCCCUGCAAUACUCUUGCAUCAUGGACCCCAGGGAAUGUAUUCAACUAGCCGCCAUCUCAUGGGCCAUUGGUAUCUUCGUGGCUUUUGGGCAGUCCGUUUCGAUCUUCACCCUUCCUUUCUGCGGGCCUAACAGAAUCAGUCACUUCUUCUGUGACAUUCUGCCUGUCCUGAGAUUAGCCACUGCAGACACCUUCAAGAAUGAGGUAGCGGUCGCCGCGGUCACGGUAAUCUUUAUCACGGUCCCGUUUCUGCUCAUCCUGUUGUCCUACGUCCUCAUCAUGGCCACGAUCCUCAAGAUGCCUGCGGCCGAGAACAGGCGCAAAGCCUUCUCUACCUGUUCCUCCCACCUCAUUGUCGUUUCUCUCUUUUACGGAACCACCACAUUUACCUACAUUCGACCUAAGUCGAUCUACUCCCUGAACAGCGACAGGAUCCUUUCCCUCCUCUACACAGUGGCGAUACCAGCUUUUAAUCCAAUCAUUUACAGCCUAAGGAAUAAGGAGAUAAAAGCUGCUUUCGUGAAAGCAGUAGGAAGGAGAAAAGGCUUGCUUAGAUAA